GCGCUGAUGGACGCUAUUGCGACGCAUCUGCCAUCGUCGGUGGUGGCGCAAAAGUAUCGCAUGGAAGCCCUGUACGCGGGUCCGAUAGACGAUGAAUGCGCCUUGGCCAUCUCGCUCUGCGACAAGGACGGUCCUCUGAUGUUGUACGUAGCGAAUCUGGCCCCCUCCACCCACGAAGAGAACAGGUUCUACGCGUUCGGCCGCGUGUUCUCGGGCACUCUGGUCGCGGGGCAGCAAGUGCGCAUCUUGGGUCCAGACGACCGACCCGGUCAAAAGGGUGUUAUCAAGGUGAAGGACAUUGAAAGGCUACUGGUCGCCGGGCAUGGCCGCCUAGAAGAGACGGAUGCAGUGUCGGCGGGCAACCUGGUCUACCUGGCCGGUCAUUUCCUGGUAGACUCCAGCACCAUCACCUCGAGCCCGACCGCGCACCCGUUCAAGCCCAUCCGGAAGCCUUUACCCGUCGUUCAUCAGAGUAUUCAGCCAAACAACCCAGCCGACUUACCCAAGGUGAUCGAGGCCCUACGCAAGAUGUCACGCACACACCUGGACGGAGGGGCUGCGAUGGACGAGCGAACGGGCGAGCUGGUGGUCUCUGGCAUGAGCGAGCGGCACCUGGAGAUGCUCUUGGGCCCGCUGGCCAGGGACCUCGCCGCGGUGGGCGUCGGGUUCGCUCGGUCGUCGGUGCCCGCAAUAUCCUUACGGGAGACCGUGGUGGCGCGCUCGAGCCAGACGUGCAUGGCCAAGUCGCCCAACAAGCACACCCGGCUGUGGAUGACCGCAGAGCCCCUCCCCGCGGGUCUGGCCGACGCCAUCGAGAGCGGCUCUUUCAAUACCAGCGCCGACCGGGCCGCUCUCAGCAGCCAGCUUCACACUUGGGAGGUCCUGGAUGCGAGGCGGAUCUGGUGCUGGGGACCGGACGGGAGGGGACCCAACGCCAUGUCCGAGGAGUUCAAGUAUCCGCUGCAGUACGUCGGCGAGAUCAGGGGCUUAGUCGAGCAGACGUUCCAGUGGGGCACGCGCGAGGGUGCGCUGUGCGAGGAGCCUCUGCGCGGCGUGCGGUUCAAACUGGUCGACUUCGUACUCACGACCGACGCCAUCCACCGGGGCGCCGGCCAGCUCAUUCCGGCGGGGCGUCGCGUGCUGCGCGCGGCGCAACUCGACUCACGGCCGCGGCUCAUGGAGCCCGUCUACCUCGUCGAGACCCACGCGCGCCAGUCGGACAUUGACGUCGUCACGACCAUCAUCGCCGAGCGGCGCGGCCAGGUCAUGCUGUCGUCUGCCUGCGACGGCGGCGGCAUGUGCCGGGUCAAAGCGUACCUCCCGGUCGUCGAGUCCUUUGGCUUCGCGUCCGCUCUUCGCCAGGCCACCGGGCGGCCGGCUGGCGAGUGCGUGUUCGAUCACUGGCAGAUGGUGGAGGGCGACCCGCUCCAGGCGCACAGCACCGCUGCCGAGUUGAUGCUGGCCGUGCGCCGACGCAAGGGCCUCAAGGAGGAGAUCCCGUCCCUCGACACCUACCUGGACCGGCUGUGA